GGCGCCGCGGCAGCCGCCGCCGCCGCCGCCACCACCACAUCCCUGGUGGGGCGGGCGGUGGCGCGGAGGCCGCCGGUGGCGGCGCCGAGGCCUCCGGACGGGCCUCCCGCGCUCCCUGGGCACCAGGCCACGGCGCUCCUCGCUCCCAGGCCAUCGAGGUCCGAGUCGAGCUUCGUCCCCGAGGCCGCGGAAGGGCCCAAGGACCCCGCCAAGCUCCGGCUCCACGAGGGGAGAAGUGCUGAAUGGCUGGCAUUUGACAACAUGCACCACCAGUGGCUUCUGUUGGCCGCAUGCUUCUGGGUGAUUUUCAUGUUCAUGGUGGCCAGCAAGUUCAUCACGCUGACCUUUAAAGACCCUGAUGUGUACAGCGCCAAGCAGGAGCUUCUGUUCCUGACCGCCGUGCCCGAGGAUGCGGCGAGGUCGCCCGGAGAGACGCACUUUGCUGAGGAGCUGAAGCCGACCGGGAAGAUGCCGUUGGGCGACCAGCUGGUUCAGCCCCUGGUCUACAUGCAGCGCCUGGAGCUCAUCAGAAAUGUCUGCAGGGAGGAAGCUCUUAGGAGUCUCUCCCACACUGCCAUCUCCAAGUUUGUCCUCGACCGAAUAUUCGUCUGUGACAAGCACAGGAUUCUCUUCUGCCAGACUCCCAAAGUGGGCAACACCCAGUGGAAGAAGGUGCUCAUCGUGUUGAACGGAGCCUUUCCUUCCAUCGAAGAGAUCCCAGAAAAUGUAGUCCACGACCAUGAGAAGAACGGCCUCCCGCGUCUCUCUUCCUUCAGCAAUGAGGAAAUUCAGAUGCGCUUGAAAACAUACUUCAAGUUUUUUAUCGUAAGAGAUCCCUUUGAAAGACUGAUUUCUGCGUUUAAGGAUAAGUUUGUUCACAACCCCCGCUUUGAGCCUUGGUACAGGCACGAGAUUGCACCCGGCAUCAUCAGAAAGUACAGAAGGAACCGGACAGAGACCCGGGGCAUCCAGUUUGAGGACUUUGUGCGCUACCUGGGUGAUCCGAACCACAGGUGGCUGGACCUUCAGUUUGGGGACCACAUCAUCCACUGGGUGACAUAUGUGGAGCUGUGUGCACCCUGCGAGAUUAGGUACAGUGUCAUCGGCCACCACGAGACCCUGGAGGAGGACGCCCCAUACAUCCUGAAAGAGGCCGGCAUAGACCACCUGGUGUCUUACCCAACCAUCCCUCCAGGCAUCACCGUGUAUAACAAAACCAAGGUGGAGCACUACUUUCUGGGCAUCAGCAAACGCGACAUCCGGCGCCUGUACGCACGUUUUGAAGGGGACUUUAAGCUCUUCGGGUAUCAGAAGCCAGAUUUUUUGCUAAACUAAUGUGUAGGACUGUGUUCAAGUCAGACCAGAGGCUAACCCAGUAGAGGUCUGGGCGCAGAAAUGACACCUCCUCCAUCACACUCCUUCUGAAGACUCCGCAGCUCCCUGGACCUGUGUGGGCCUCGGCCGGUGAAGCUGGACUCUGAUCCACCAUAACGUGGGCUCAGGCAUAAGAUGCACUGAGGGCUCUGCCCCCCCACCCCUACUAGUGCCGUUAGGCCUUUGCUCUCCUUAGAAGAUCAGAGGAUUAAACAUAUACAGUUUAACAGCUGGGAGGGAACAUCACCUCCCUCAGGUGCCCACCUCCCGAGGAGGCAGGGUGAGGGGGGCUGUCUGCUGUCACCUCCACAUUUCAGGAAUGGUACCCAGUGCUUUCAGGAGAGAUGGAAAAGCCAGUCAUCUGCCAAGAUCACUGGGGCCGAGACAGGACCACAUCUGGGUCACAAAAAGACACCUCUGGCUCUCAUCUCGGCACCACUAUAAUGACAGAGGCAAGCUUCUUUCCAUGACUGGUUCCUGAGAGAUUCAGGGAUGACCAAGGGUACUUUUAGGCAGUCCAUCUUUUCAGAAUACAUGCCGGUGUGUUGCUGGUCCAGAUUUCUGAGCCUGCACCGCCCCCCCACCGCCCCGGGUGAUCAGGAGACACAAUUUUGAAAAGUGAGGGGAGUGUAUGUUCUUGCCACCUGAGAAGGGGACUGUCUCUGGGGCCGUAAAGGGAAUGUGGCUGGGAAGGGGCAGAGCCGCUUGGGGCCCGGAACUCAGGCUGCCGUGACCUGGGCUCCAUCUGUCCUGAAGACUCUCUGCCUCUUGUGUCUGAUGGUCCCACACAGAGGGCGUGGGGGUUCUGCCCCAGCUGCUCGGGGCAACAUGCCAAUGUUGCCCAGUCUGUGCAGUUGACACGUGUGGAUUUCCUCUCAUCUCAGCAGAAUGCACACCUCUGGGCCCAUUUCUGGUGUGAGUUGGAUAAUCGAGUCCACCAGCAAUAAAAUCCUGGGCGAGGCAUCUUCUCAGCACCAAGGAGCAAGCCACGGCUACUGCCUUAGAUACCAUCCGACAGCGAGGCCCCUCGAGGUGAGGGCCAGUGUCCUCAUGAGAUGUCCCAAGUGCCCAGCCCACACUGUGCCCUGGAGCUUCCGCUCCAGGUGGCCUCCACCUCCCUCUCAGUGUGGCCUCCUGAGUCCGUCAAUGUGAAAGUAAAAUGGAAUAAAAAAUAUGUGCCAACCUGA